AUGCCAAGCUGUAUAAUAUGUGGAAGAACAAAAAAUCAGACUUCUAAAGCUGCCAAUAUAUCGUUUCACAUGUUUCCUAAAGAUGAAAGUGAUAAAAUUAAAUGGAACAAUUUUUUAAUUAAAAACUUUUUAAAUCCUGAAAAUGUGACAAUUAGUAGUUUGGUUUGUUCACUUCAUUUUGAUAAAUCUUGUUUUAUAUUGAAUAAAAGUAGGAAACUAUUAAAGAGGCAGCCACUCCAUCCAUAA